GCUGGUCUUACCCGGACUGUUCCCCUUGCCUGGGGGCCCAACGACGCGCUCAACGACACCGAGCAAGACGCCCUAUGGGACGCUACCAGCUACGACCUGGGCAACAUUGCCCUCUCUGACGACUUCGCGCGUGCCGUGGGGCUUCCUCGUGCCCAGCGCUUCCCCUGGGACAAUGACAAGGGCAUAUAUCUGAUCAACGGCUACCAUAACCUGCACUGCGUCAAGACCCUACGCACGGCGUUGGUUGAGUUCCGCGAUGCCCGACCACAGAGCUCCCCGUGGGCUCACGUGCAACAUUGCUUGCUUGUACUUCGAGACGAGAUUAUGUGUGAUGCCGAUGACACUCCGCGCUACACGGGGUUCCAACCCAAUCAGAAGAGUGGGCUGGGUCAGGUGCGCAUGUGUCGCGAUUUUAGGCAGUUGGAACGAUGGGCACUUGAGCAGACGGCAUGCUGGCGCCAUAUUGGCGAGAUCCGCGAGGAAGGGUUCCGCGAGUUGGAUCGGUAUCGGUUCUGUCCGGAGGGAAGUCCGUACAAGGAGAUGAGUGAGACGAUGUGGUUGAAGGGGGAUUGGUGGCGGAAGUAUAAGGAUGGAUCUUUAUGA